GUGCUUGAUGGGUUGAGCUGCUCCACCACCACCAUAGAAAGACUUUGCUCUAUAUAAGAAUGAGUAAUUCAUUUACUCCUCCUCCAUCAUCAAACUACUAUCCAUCUUACUCUACUCUCCUUUUCAUAUCUCUCUGAAUCCUCCUACCUACAAGAAAACAAAGUGAGUUUGCUUAUGUUUCUUCUUCAUCAAUUUCUUAUGCUGUUUCUCUCGUCUUCUUCUUCUACUUCUGCACGCCACACCUGCCUUGAGGACCAGAGAUUUUCACUUCUCCAAUUUAAAAGAACAUUUACCAUAACUCAUUUUGCCUCUUUCUAUUGUUUUUCUGAUUCUCAUCCUAAAAUGGUGUUCUGGAAUGAGAGUACUGAUUGCUGCUCGUGGGAGGGGGUCACCUGCGACUGGUUGAAUGGUCAUGUGAUUGGACUUGACCUCAGUUGUAGCCAGCUUCAGGGCACCAUCCAAGACAACAGCACCCUCUUCCACAUUCGUCACCUUCAAAGCCUCAAUCUUGCUUUCAAUUACUUCAAUUUGUCUAGAAUUUCAUCCGAGUUUGGCUCAUUUGCGAGUUUGACCUAUCUCAACCUCUCUUACUCUGGUUUUGAAGGCCCAAUUCCUUCAAAAAUCUCCCAUCUAUCCAAAUUGAUUUCCCUUGAUCUCUCUCAUGUAAUUGAUGCUUAUUCUCGAGUGAGACGACUUGAACAACACACUUUCAAUAUGCUCCUUCGAAACCUAACCCAAUUAAGAGAACUACACCUUGAUGCGUUGAAUAUCUUUUCACCUUUACCUCAUGCUUUGCUAAAUCUAUCUUCUUUGACAUAUCUCAGUCUUGUUGAUUGUCAACUGUUUGGGAAAUUCUCAAAAAACAUUUUUCUCUUUCCAAACCUACGAGAGCUCAAUGUACAGGGAAAUGUGCUACUCACAGGUAAACUUCCAUACUUCAAUGUGACUAGUUCCCUUCAAUUUCUUGAUCUCUCUGACACAAGUUUUUCUGGCCAAUUGCCUGAAUCAAUCAGCAAUUUUAAAGCCUUGAAUAUUUUGUCCCUCGUUCAAUGCGACUUUACAAGAUCGAUUCCAGCCUCUUUUGGGAACCUUACACAAAUCACCAAGUUAGAUUUCUAGUCUAACAAUUUUAGCGGUCAAAUCCCCUCAUCAAUUUCAAACCUUGCAAAGCUUAAUAGCUUGUAUCUUUCCACAAACAAUUUGAACGGACAAAUACCGGAUUCCCUUGGCAACAUGAGCCAACUUAC